GGUCCUUAGAGGCUUGAUUAAAAACGUUUGGAGAUCAUUCAUAUCUAACUACUUGCAAAUUUUUUAACUAACAGAGAUAAUCUGUGAAAGACUGUUUAUUUUGUACAGGUUAUAAUCUACUCCCUAAAACUAUAGGGUGGACAAAAAACAUUUCCUCUGUCAUACUCUGGAGACUUGGUUGGCACAUCCAGUGUGACUGGUCAAUGUGAGGAGGAAUAGCUCAUUAUUGCAAACACGAUCUAGGAUGGCUAAUAGUGUUCACAUGAGUGGGCUGCUCAGUCGCCACGAUGAUGAAGCCACCAGGACCUCCACCUCAGAGGGCCUGGAGGAGGGUGAGGUAGAAGGGGAGACUCUCCUGAUUGUCGAGUCUGAGGACCAGGCUUCAGUGGAUUUAUCACAUGACCAGAGUGGGGACUCUCUAAACAGUGAUGAAGGUGAAGCAUCCUGGAUGGAGGAGAUGUCCUAUUACUGCGAGAAGUGCCAGAAGUGGAUCCCAGCAAGUCAACUGAGAGAACAGCUCAGCUACCUGAAAGGAGACAACUUUUUCAGAUUUACUUGCUCUGAUUGCUCAGAAGAUGGGAAGGAGCAAUUUGAACGUCUGAGAUUAACGUGGCAACAGGUCGUCAUGUUGGCAAUGUACAAUUUGUCUCUGGAAGGAACGGGCCGUCAGGGGUACUUCAGAUGGAAAGAAGAUAUUUGUGCUUUUAUUGAGAAACACUGGACUUUCCUAUUAGGGAACAGGAAAAAGACCUCAACAUGGUGGAGCACAGUUGCUGGCUGUCUCUCUGUGGGGAGCCCCUUGUUUUUCCGCUCAGGGGCACAGGAAUUUGGAGAACCGGGAUGGUGGAAACUGGUUCACAACAAACCCCCAACAAUGAAACCUGAAGGAGAGAAGCUGUCUGCAUCUGCCCUAAAGGCAAAAGCAGCUUCAAAGCCACCCCUGGAUCCCAUCAUUACUGUGGAAGGACUCCGAAAGCGGGUAAGCCGCAAUCCAGUUGAAUCAGCCAUGGAGCUGAAGGAGAAGAGAUCUCGGACUCAGGAAGCCAAGGAUAUUCGGAGAGCCCAGAAGGAGGCAGCCGGCUUCUUGGACCGGAGUACUUCCUCCACUCCUGUUAAAUUCACCAGUCGCUGCCGCCGUCCUGAUAUCGUCCUUGAGAAAGGAGAGGUGAUUGACUUCUCCUCCUUGAGCUCAUCAGAUCGCACACCUCUGACAAGCCCUUCUCCUUCCCCAUCACUGGACUUUUCUGCUCCUGGCACUCCAGCCUCACAUUCAGCUACUCCCAGCCUUCUCUCGGAAGCAGAUCUCAUCCCAGAUGUCAUGCCACCACAGGCUCUGUUUCACGAUGAUGAGGAAAUGGAAGGAGAUGGAGUCAUAGAUCCAGGAAUAGAGUAUGUGCCCCCUCCCAGUGGGACAGCCAGUGCUGGCACUCUGAUAGCAAGCAGAAAAAAAGUGAAGACAGCUGAACAGAUCAAGCAAGAGGUGGAGAGUGAAGAAGAAAAAACAGAACGGGUGGAAGGUGACAGUGAAGAUCCUGAAGAGUCAAACACAUUGUUGAAGGUAAGGGGUCGAGACAAAAGAAAGCCACAGCUGGAGAAGGAUGCUAAACCCAGAGCUCCCAAGCAUACCUCUGUUAGUAUCUAUGAGGAAAAGCUGCUGCUGAAGAGACUUGAAGCCUGUCCCAAUGCUGUGAGCAUGACCCCAGAGGCCCGGAGGCUGAGGCGCAAGCUGUUAGUCAGGCAGGCCAAGAGGGAAAGAGGACUGCCACUCUUUGACUUGGACCAAGUUGUGAAUGCUGCACUGCUCUUGGUUGAUGGGAUUUAUGGAGCCAAAGAAGGAGGUGUUUCCAGGUCCCUAGCAGGGCAAGCAACAUACAGAACUACUAGCCAGGACUUCAGGAUCUUGGAUAGAUACCAGACUAUGCUACCCACCAUGAAGGGAUAUCGACAGCAGACAACAAAGUUUCUGUAUCGACUCGUAGGCUCAGAAGACCUGCUGACAGACCACAGUGUUGUUAGCCCUUAUACAUCCCGUGUCCUGAAACCUUACAUCAGGCGUGAUUAUGAGACAAAGCCCCCAAAACUCAGGCUGCUGGCAGAAAUCCAGGCAUAUCCACACAGGAAUGAUCUCAACUGGAAGGCUGAGCCAGAAGCACCCAUUGAUUACUGCUAUGUUCGCCCUAAUCACAUCCCCACUAUAAACUCCAUGUGCCAUGAAUUCUUCUGGCCUGGAAUAGAUUUGUCAGAAUGCUUGCAGUAUCCAGACUUCAGUGUUGUUGUCCUUUACAAGAAAGUUAUCAUUGCCUUCGGCUUUAUGGUGCCAGAUGUGAAGUACAAUGAAGCUUACAUCUCUUUUCUGUUAGUUCACCCUGAGUGGAGAAGAGCUGGGAUUGCAACCUUCAUGAUUUACCAUCUUAUCCAGACCUGCAUGGGCAAAGAUGUAACUCUUCACGUCUCUGCAAGCAACCCUGCUAUGCUGCUCUACCAGAAGUUUGGAUUUAAGACUGAGGAAUACAUUUUGGAUUUUUAUGAUAAAUAUUACCCCUUGGACAGCAAGGAGUGUAAGCAUGCAUUCUUUCUCAGGCUGCGGCGCUAAUCUGUCAGAGCUGUCUGGGGAUCUCUGAAAAGCCCAAUCUGUCAAAAAAACUACCACAGCUUUCAGUGCAGGAUGUUGGCUGUCACAUGAGAGCUGUAACACACCAGUGGAUUUCAACAGUGCUAUGUUGUGUGCUGAAACUGCAAUCCAAGAGGAUUGAUUCCUGUGCUCCAAGGGCAGAGGCCUGAAAAUGCCAGCUGGGAUAUGCUGAAACCACUGGAAGACUGAAAUUGUUUACAGGGAAUUUUCCUGGCACUGUUACUUUGAUGAGCCUCAUUGACAAACAAGCAAAAAAAUAUUUGUCACUUCAGAGGAGCCCCAUGAAUUUCAAAUCUUAAAAACCUGCAGCAUUUUUUUGACAGGUUUCAAUUUCAUUUUUUGUUUAUUGAAUGAAAAUGAACCUCUAAACUUAAAUCAAUGUUUCUGUAAUUUGAUUGCUUUGCUAGGAACCAUGUUUGAGUCUGUGAAGAGAAAUGAGAUAUUGGUGCAUGUAGCUGGGCAGUAACUUUAGGAAAGCUCUACACGAGCCAGAACAAUAGUACUGGAACCAUGUUUUAGGAAUAGUACAGAGUGUGUGAAUUCAUGUGAUUCCAAAUAAAAGGCUCAGAGAAGACACCUUUCUUCUGCUCCUUCUCUGCUGCCUUCCUUUCGCCUUGUUGA